CCACUAUAGUGGUGUAGGGUAUAAUGAAUGUAAAUGCCAUUAAAAUAAAAUACUCAAGAAUAAAAGCUAUAAACCAUUAAUUGCUUUUUAUCUCACAACUUAGUAACGACAGAGUGUCUCGUAACAACGGUUGUUAAAGACGUCCGAAAAGAAAAAAAUAUUAAUAAGAAUUUCACAUAGAUACUAUUAUCAACAUGAAUUGUUUGUGUUCUGAAGAGACAAGAGCUCAAAAUCUUCAAAAUAAAAGAUUGGAAAGAAAUUUGCAAAUUUACAAAAGUAAAUAUAACAAACAAAUCAAAUUACUGCUAUUGGGAACAAAGGGAUCCGGUAAAUCUACAUUUAUACGUCAAAUGCGCUAUGAAACUCAUAUGCCAUACGAUUCCAGGAAAUAUGUGAACAUCAUAUUUCAGAAUAUAUUGUACGCAAUGCAAACUAUGAUCGAAGCAAUGAAAGUUUUUCAAAUACCCUAUAAGACUAAAGAGAAUGCAGUAAAAAAUUCGUAUAUUAUACAAAUGGUGCAAUUGAACAACAAUAAUAAGAUUGAAUUUUCUAAUUUAUUAUUGACGGCAUUAAAGGAACUUUGGGCAGAUGCUGGCAUACAGGAAUGUUUUAUGCGUGGUCAUCAGUAUGGUCUGCCAGACUCAACGAAAUAUUUUUUCAGCCAUCUAGAUCGUAUUGCCAAUCCAUCUUAUAUACCCAGUAUACAGGAUAUCUUACGAGCACGUAUACCAUCAAAAGGCUUUCAAGAACAUCUGUUUAAAUAUAAGAAUGUUGAAUUCCUUAUAGCCGAUGUGGGAUAUCAAAGUUCGGAACGUAAGAAAUGGAUACAUUGUUUCGAUAAUGUUACCGCCAUUAUAUAUAUGGUGGCUAUUUCCGAAUACGAUCAAUUCUCCUUGAACUCAAAACAUGGCAAUAGUCUUAAAGAAUCUAUUGAACUUUUAAACUCAAUAAUGUCUUUUGAAUAUUUCCAAGACACGGCACUUAUUAUAGUUUUUAAUAAAUUGGAUAUAUUUGAGGAAAAGAUCACCUACUCACAUUUGGCCGAUUAUUUUCCUGAAUACUCAGGAUCACCAUAUGAUACUCAAAAAGCUCGUUCGUUUAUUGCCAAUAUUUUUUUGAGAACCAUACCCACAAAACGAAGGGUCUACUAUUAUUAUUUAAAUUGUACUGAUGAACAUAAUCAAGGAAUUCUUUUUAUUUAUCGAGCUGUUCGAGAUACGAUUUUAAAUGCUAAUUUAUAUAACUUUAACUUAGUUUAACUUAGUUUAAGACCUUUUUUAUGUUUGAUCAAUUUUAAUUAUUCAAACUGCAAAGGCAUUAUUCCAUGUAUAAUAUUUAUAUUUAAUAUAAUAGAAUAUUCGUUGUAUUAUUAUAUUUAUAUUUAUGAAAAAAAUCUAUUUUUUAUGAAUCCAUUUAAAAUAAUUAAAUUUUAUUAUUAACCACAAAGAUUUCAACAAAUUUAUAUAUAAACCAAUAAGAAUGCUACAUUAGUAUGAAUGUAGUAAAUGCAAUAAAAUUACAUCAAAAGACUAGGACAUAAAGUAAACAUAUUAUAUUUUAUGUAAAUUAUGUUUACAUUAAAUUUAUAAUAACUAAAUAAACCCAAAUAUUGCAUAAAUUAUUUAAAUUUAAAAAAUAUGUGUAUAUAAAAAUAAUCU